AUGUCAAACCCAUCUGGGUCCGGCUCAGGCCAAAAUGGCUCGACACCAAAAGCAAUUGCAAAUACCGCUAGAAGACAAGACGACGUAACGCGGCGCGGGACAUCAAAAAUGAAGUUCACGCCGACGCUACCGCCACGAAGAAAGAAGGAGUGCGUCGUCGAACUCGUCCCUCCUUUGCUCAAACCAAUACCAACCUCAGAUACUCGUGGACGAGGUCGUGGAGCUGUAAGAGGACGUGGACGAGGAGAUGCUCGUGGAGGCGCACCUCACGCCGCUUCCGAGAUGACAGCAACCGGUCCACUAGCUCUAGGUCCAACCAUGGCUGGUUCUUCAGCCGCCCGCCGAGCGGCUCCUCGCUCGAACUUCGCACCAGUUGCACCUCUCGGUACCACACCAUCAUCUUCUCUCGGUACAGGACUUACGCAUCAACCGACACCCUCACUAAAACGCGAGCCGUCCGACUUGAAUCAAAAAGUCAUUGACGUCGAUACUUAUUCCGACCCGGAUGAAGGUGUUGAGAUAAUCGAUAUCGACGAUGUGAGGCGGAUGGACUGGAUGGCUCCGGAGAGCUUGAGAAAGGAGAAAGUACGGCAGAAGAAGAGAAAACCUGGUGAGGUUACUUUAGAAGAGGACGAAGAUGAACAUGUUGACCUUGCAAAUGCAUUGGACCUAUCCGAAAGUGAAGAAGAGGAAGAGAUGGAAGAUCUUAUCAACGACUUUACAUUUCAGGAGGAAGAUCUCGAUGCGGAUCCAAACGUCCGAGCAGAAAAACUCUAUUUCUUUCAAUUUCCUGAACCCUUCCCUACCUUCCUUCUACGCGAGCCUCCAAAAUCCGAAGACGUCGAAAUGACAGAGACUGCUCCGUCUCAAGCUGUAACGUUCGCCCCGGAUGUGAAGCCUCCUGCAUCCGGUGCGAGUACACCUGUAGCUGAUGGAUCCAAGAAGGAAGAAGCACCAGUUGUUCCGCUUGACGGAGUCAUAGGCCAACUAGAAAUUCAUCAAAGCGGAGCAGUGAAAAUGCGUUUGGAAAAUGGUAUCCUGCUUGACGUUUCCGCCGCUACACAACCUUCAUUCCUCCAACAUGCCGUACGUGUCGACAUGGAAAAGAAAAGGCUGAGCGUCAUUGGCGAGGUGAACCGCAGAUUCGUCGUCACUCCCAAUAUUGACGCCCUACUGGCAUCGCUUGAACGAGCGGACCGGCAAGCUGCGAUGGAGGUUGACAAGGUUGAGAUUGAAGAGGGGUUAGUUAAGUUGGAAACGGAGGCGGAGAAGGAGAAGUCAAAACAGGCGAAGACAAAGAAAAAAUAG